AACAAAACCCUGGUUACAUCCCCUUUGCCUUCAACUUUCCCAACUUAGAAGGCAGUGCACACGCACAACUGGGAGAGGAAGGGCUUCGCGCAGACCUGGGGCCGCCAUCUUGGUUGAGGCGGCCGGAAGUGGCCGAAGCGCGGGCGCGAACUGAGGCUGCGCAGCGGCUGCUGGUGUAGGGCGUCCGCGGCGUCACCGCAGCCGUUCCCAAGCAGUGGUGCGCCGUCCGGCAGCUACAAAAUCUCCUCUGCCGCUAACACCCACUCUUUCUCCCGCUGUCCCGCUCUUCCGUCGGGGUGUGCGCAGCGGUUCGCGAGCCCCUCGGCCCUCGUCCGCGCUGUUCUGCCCGCCCGCCCAAGACCAUGUUGCAGAACCCCGAACGCGGGGGUCUCCCGGACCCUCGGGCAGAGAGGGAGCAUGAUGGCGGCCGUGACGGUGAGACCCACCUUGGCAGCCCCCUCCUGCGGGAGUCCCCCAUGAGGGACCUUGGCGCGGUGAGGAAGAAGAGAGAUGCGGAGCCCGCCUGCGUCCGGAAAGGAGCCAAGGUCCCGACGCGGUGCCGGGCACGCCGCUGCCUGGACCGGACGGUGGCCGAGCUGGUGCAGUUUCUGUUGCUGAAUGAUAGAGCGAAGAGUCCCUUCACACGCUCGGAGAUGGUGAAAUGCGUCACCGGGGAUCGUCGCAAGGGCCGCAGAGCGUCUGCGUGUGCCUUUGAUGUCCAGCUGAAACAGUUCCACCGCAAGCACCACAUCCUCAUCAAGAGACUCAAACCUCUAGAGGAGGAGGAGGAUCUUAGGAGGAGAUGUCCCCAGACUGGGCUUUUAGUCAUGAUCUUGGGUCUUAUCUACAGGAAAGGUAAUAGUGCCAGGGAGGCCCAGGGCUGGGAAAUGCUGCGUCGUUUGGGGGUACUUGUAAAGUAUCACUUCUUUGGGUACCCAAGAAGGGAGAUUUUUGUGCCACAGCGAAACAUCCGUUACAGGCAGGUGCCUCACACCAGUCCACCAGGAUGUCAGUUCGCUAGGGGUCUGUAAAGCAAUCCGGAAAUCAGCACGAUGAAGGUCCUAAGGUGUGGGGCCAGGCUUCAUAAGGAGGAACCCCGACACUGGCCGUUGCACUAUCCUGAGGCAGUAGUAAAACAUGAGGCCAAAAAGGCCAGGGCCUGAGCCGGUGCUAGCGCCUGCAUUUGGCCAUCAUUUCUAAAGAAAUUGUAAUUUUUUAGGUUUUGUAUCUUGUAUUACAUUUAAUAUGCUGUUAAGAUGUAUGUAAAUGAAGUUGGUCUUUUUGUAGUUUUGCUGGAUUUAAAAAACGAAUUGAAAAACUUUCCUCUGUGAUUUUGAAAAGAUUAUGCAGCGAGAGAAUGCUGUUAUUUAAAUCGUUUGAAAGAUGUUAGCAUUAUGAUGAUGCAGUGCUGGGGGAAAAACAGCUGAUUCAGUGUCUAGCCUCCAACUUUUUUGUCUAUUAUGUAUUUUUUAGAAAAAGACGUGCAUGUUUAUUUGCUUAGAUGAUCUAAUAUCUGGAAAAACAGUAAAUUAGAGACAUACCUUGUACACUUAAUAAAUUAAACACAUGUUGAA